CCAAACGCAAGAAUCCAUGGCUUCUGCCCCGCCAACCUCACUUACCCCUUCAUCCCUUUUCGCUGCAAUCGACAUGGGCACCAACUCUUUCAAGAUGCUCGUGGUCCGAGCCUAUCCCGAUGGUAAGUUCUUCAUAAUCGAUCACCGCAAAGAGCUCGUUGUACUCGGUCGUGAGGCUUCCUCUGCCACCACCACUUCAACAAUAACAACCCCUUUCGUCAUUUCCGUCCAUUCCGAGCUCCGAGCCCUCGAUGCCCUUCAAAAGUUUCAGCGAGUCCUCAAAUCGUACGGCAUUGUCUACUCCCAAACUCGCUGCGUGGCCACCGCGGCGGUUCGAGAAGCCGUUAACAAGUGGGAGUUUUCUAAGAAUUUAAGGGAAAAGAUCGGAUUAAGGAUCGAUGUACUGCCUGGUGAAGAGGAAGCUAGGCUUGCUUAUCUGGGUACGCUUCAGUUUUUCCCUUUAUACGAUAAAUUGACUCUUUGUGUGGAUAUUGGAGGUGGGUCUACUGAGUUUGUGGUUGGUAAACAAGGGCAUGUUAUAUUUGCUGCUUCUUUGAAUCUGGGUCAUGUUACAUUGACCCAAAAGUUUGGGGAGAGAGUAGAAAAAGUGUCCAAAAUGAGAGAAUAUAUUAGAUUAGUUAUUGGAAAAUCUGGGUUUGUUGAGAAUAUCAAAAGGGGUGGUUUUGAGGUGGCUGUUGGGUCUUCUGGUACGACUCAGGCUGUGGAGAAGGCUGUUUUUUAUGGUUACACGAAUGGAAGCCAAGUUCUGGAUCAUGCUGCAGUGGUUAAUGGGGAAGGUAAGAGGGAUUGGAGAUUGAAUAUGGAAGACCUUAGGAGUGUUGUUAAAAGAUUGUGUGGUGGUGGAGGAGAGGAAGAGAAUGCAAGGAGAGAAAAGCUCUUCAAAAGGCGGUCUGAGUUUAUUGUGGCUGGAGCUGUGUUGCUGAAAGAAAUAUUCGAGGCUCUUGGCAUUAAGAAAAUGAACGUGCCAUGUUACUUUUUUGUAGUAAUAUUGACCAUAUAAAUUUAUAUAUUGCAUUGUAUUAGUUUAUGCACAUUUAUUAAUAUUACCAUUCCAAUUCAUAUAUACAAAUUGUAUAGUACGUGUGA